GGGCUCGUCUGCAGGGAGUAGGUGUGAAAUAAGAUGCCUGUUCAAAAAAGCUCUCUCAGUAAAGUUUAUUUACAUAACGCUUAUUUUCACCUUAACAUAUGUUGUUUCGUUUUUAUCUGAAAAUAUGAUUAGUUUUGAUCGUUUUUUUUGUUGUUGUCGAUGUUAUAACUACAUUACCCAACAUACCCUGGAGAUGUCCAUAGCAACCUUCCUGUUUAUCUUUUGGACAUUUAUCUGCAAUAUUUCUCCGUGUUGGAGAAAUGAAACCAUGCUCUAAGCAGCAAUUGAAAAACAUAAGAAAAUCAUGUCUGGGGCUGGAAACUUACAUCACUCCGCAGAAGAAUCUGAAAGAAGAACAUUGCCACCUAUCAAAUCUGCCAGUGACAAGUAUUUCCUAGAAUCUCUUGGUGAAUACAUUCAACAUGAGAUGGAACGUCUGAUGUGUCCAGACGAGGGACCUGAUGAGCAACGUUACAUCAUUUACAGUUCUGCAUUUGAUAAGGUAAUUGAGUAUGCAACUGCAUACAAAACCAUUCUCACUUCCAUCAAGAAAGAGUAUGAUGAGUUUGUCUGUGCCAUAAAGAAGAGUGAGUGUGAUGCCAAGUUAGCACAUGGAAAACUGAAGGCCAUGGUGGCCCAGCCCACCUCCCUUAUGUACUGUAAGAGAAGAGCUGUCCAGCUUCAGGAAAGGAUUGCUAUCAUUCAGAGAGACACUGCAGAGUUGCAGGCUGAGUUAAAUAGACUACAGGAGUCAAGGAGAGACAAGAGACCCUCAUUGCGUCAGAAGACCUCAGACAGCAAGACAUUACGGCCCGUUGGGCAAAUUCCAGGUCUGACAUUUGAUGAGUCGAUGAACCCAGCAGCUCUGGCAAAGCAUUUGGAGUACCUUGAGCGAAAGCGAGCCGACCUGCAGAUAAAGAGGAAGAGCCAGUAUGUAUCUGUUUCUGUCAAGGAUGACCUGGACAAUAAAAUGCGAUCCGCCCUGGACCAGAGGGAUGAGCUGGCAGUGGAGAAUGAGAGACUCCAACUCCGAUACAAAAAGAUGAAGUUUCUGAAUGACUCCCUCAUGACAUGGGAAAAGACAGGAAAAGAAGUCACUCUACUGGAGUUCAUAACAUCAAAACUGGAGAAUAUAUUUGAUCUGAAAAUGAGCGACACUGAUUUCCUUGGCAUUAGUGCAGUAGUGUUUGAAGAGGAUGAUCCCAGCAAGGUCAAUGAAUCGGAGCUCUUGGUGGAUUACAUUGAAAGGUUCAUUGACCUAUUUGAGGGGGGUGAGUAUGAGGCAGCUGCUUUCCAUGCUGCCAAAUCCCCUCAUGGAGUUUUGAGAAACAUGGAGACAAUGGAAAGGUUCAAAGCGGUCACAGUGUACCAGGGCCAGGGGGAACUGCCCCCUCUGCUUCUCUUCUUCCAGGCACUCAUGAUCUCGGUGCAUGCUGGGAAACAGCUGCCUGGGGAGACCCUGUCAGUGGAGGGGGUCCGGUGUGCCAUGCAGCUCAACUAUGUAGAACUGGUCACACACUGGGUAACCCAGAAGAGGCUAACAUACAGCGAGGCUCUGGGGGAUGUGAUCUGUGAGCAUGGAGACAGGAAGCCGCGGAUGGCCGACACAUGCUUGGCUCUGGCCCACAUCGUCUACAAGGCCUGCGGCGUGCUCAGGAAGGCCGCACUGAGCAUGUGCAAGAGAGGCAUGACCAGCAGUACUAUGGAGUUUAUCUAUCAAAGCAAAGGCUUUACUGCAGGUGACUGUCUGUUUGUGCUGAAGGGUUGUCCCAGUCUGGCUCUUCUCCAGGCGUUGACUCAGGAGUACCAGGGCCAGCCUGCAGUGCUUUCUUUGGGCUUUGCCUGCCAUGCUCUGCUCAACUCUGAUCUGGAGGACCUGGCACUGCAGAUGGUGGAGAAAACACAUUCAAGUGGGCAAGGUACUUUGGAGAAGGUGAUUCUGGAUGAUACUGGGUGUUCUGCAGAGAACUGGGGUGAGAUAGCAGGUUGCUGUGGCCAGAAGAACAAGCCUUUACUGGCCAAGGAGAUCCUCUCCAUUCUGCUGUCUCAGUCAGGGGCCAUGCGCCUCUCCCCUGGCAUGGAGAGCUCCAGGUUGAUGCAGCAUGUGUUCAUGUAGAGAGACAGCCACUAGAGGGUGCCCAUGGGACAGAUCUGCACCACCAAUCCAAGAGGCCUCCCACCAUGGCAAGCCCAUUCAUAACUCACUGCAUCAUACUGCUCACUGCUUACAGAGAGAAAUGCAGUCAUCCACACUGGUCCUCCAGAUCAUUAAAUCAUUUCAAUGUGAUUUGACUUUGAUUAAUAUCACAAGUGUCAAGUUCCAUCUUUAUCAGAAAGCACAAAGCAUUGCCAUGUUAUUAAAUUGAUAUCAAUUGAACAUUGUCAAACGUCACUUAAUAGUUGGUUUAUUAUUUAUUCCUCAAUAUAAUUGACUCUUAACUAGACUCAGAAUUUCAAACAGUUUAAACUUCAUCUAAGAAAAUUAUCACUACGUGUUUAGAUUUGGAUCAAUGGCAUCUCCGACAUCCAACAUAAUUCAUGGUGACAAGCUCUACAGAAUAUUGAAUUUCCCUGUAAUAAAUUCCCCAUUUCCUGCCUCCAGAACACCACUGACUAUCCCCACAGAGGUAAGACCUGAUUGUCGCUCCCUGAGAGGCGUGCUAUUACCUAUAUACACUAUCACCAGAAAUACGAGGAGGACACAAUGGUAGAUAGAACAGUAGCUCACUAACCUUCCACUCACACAGUGGACCCAUUGUCCCAGACAGUGCAGGGCCAGUCUCAGUCACCCUGCCAUAUUAGAGUGAAUGAAGCUUCCACACAGCACAAACAACACCCACCAUCAAUAAACACAGCCUCCAGUUUCCUCUGUCUCUGCCUAGGAGACAUGAAGCCACACUGAGCUAACUGUGUGUCUAUGAUUCCCACAGUUAAUCAAUUCCGCUCAUGUCUGGGGCCGCGUUUCAGUGUAUAUCUGUUUGAUCCGUUAAUGGGUUAGUGAAUGGACGUGUGUAGUUGAUGGCCUUAUAUGUCAUACUAAUUUAAACUCGGAACCGAUCAACUGUGAUAUUGAAAGCAGGGCUCUUAUAGAGACUUGUAUUCAUACACAUUGUGUACAUUUAGCAUCAGUGUUGUGAUUAUCAAUAUACUGUUAUUGAUGCUGGUAUCUCUCCAGGCACUAGAGCUGUUUAGCCCCCACAAUCUGUGCUGUUAGCUCUUUGAACAUCACUACUUGUAGUGUUAGCACAAUGAUACUAGCACUGUGUUGUCAGACGGCAGACUGGAGGCAGCUGGUAUCCAAGGGAGACGGAGAGAGGAAAAAAGAGGGGGUUGGCAAUAUGUGAGGCAAAGAUGGAGAGAGAGUAAGACUGACAUGCUGGUAUAGCAUCUCUAUUACAGAGAGGAAGGAGAAGAGACAUUGUGUAGGGGAAAACAAGGAACAAAGUGAGAAACAGGGAAAGUGUGAAAAUCAGAAAAUGGUAGCGGGGGGUGAGAGAUUAUGCUGAAUCAGCUCUUCAUGGCGCCAUCCCUGCUGCUGUUAUUGAUCUCCCGCAGUAAGAGGAGCUGGAGCUGGCCUGGCCUGCUGAUGGCCCCACUGCAUGAAACAGCUCCCCAGACACCCUACCUCCCUGCCCCCUCACCCACCAGCUCACAAAGAACCCUAGUGCCCUGCCCUGAGGCCUACCUCAGCCCUGAAUCUCUGUGUCAAGGGUAAAAGGUGUUGAGUUCUGCCUCCUCACAUCUCUUGUUUUCUAUGCUAAAACUAUUAUCAACAAGAAAAAGCCUUGCAAUCCAUCUUCCCUAAACGAUGCACUCAAGAGUUGUGUUUUACAAACUGCCUAUUAGUCAGGUUUCAGUUUAUGACAGGAUGUAACAGGAUGCACUUAGUGUCCUUGGAUAGCACUUCUGGAAGAUGUAGAAAUAUUGAUGGUAGUUUUUGCUAGUAUCAUAUUGUCUUGAAUGGUCCUUUAAAUAGGUUUUUGCCUGCACCAUCCUCCCUGUCAGAACCUGUUUAACAGCUCAGGAUUUUUCCUCUGUAUUCCAGCCCCAGUGUGUUUCUCAUCUCCCAGAGUGUGGCACAGAUAAGGGCCCUCUCCUCAGUCCAGCAACGUAAUGUGAACUGACAGCCGUGUCUAGCUCACACAGCCUCUGGUCUAGAUAGAGCUCAGUACAGCAGACCAGCAAAAAUAGAGAGCAAGGGGGGCGUUGGCCCUCAUGUUUCACAUCCAGACAGUGUCCACAGUGGUUUGACUUACUUCUAGGCCUUUGUUUGAUAGAGCAAUGUUAGUGGUAUACAUGGUUUUAAAAGGAAUGUAGUCAGGAUUAAAUAGCUGUGUCAAGCCUUCUAUUUCUGAUCCGUGAUUGAGCAGACUGUUGCACAUUUGUACUGGGGUGGGAAGGGGAAUCUUUGGAAUAAACAGCGCCUCUCUCACACUUUGUAUUGAUGUCUCCUGGCUUGACUGUGUAUAUUUAGCCACUGUGGUAGUGCCCUGUCCAUUUUGUUGAUAUUUCCAUGGAUUAAAGCAGUGCCACAUUAGGUUUGCAAUGGGGAUGGAAAAUAGUCCAUUGAUUUCCAGCAUGUCAGAUGGGCAGAGAGAGAGAGAGUGCUUUGUUGUGCAGCUGUCUUUAUUAUAUUGGCAGCAAAUAUCUCCUCUCCAGGGUUAGUUUAUGUGACAUACUCUGUAAACAGACUGGGGUCGAAGGGGGUCGGAGAGGGGUCAUUCACAUAAAAGAAAAACAAUGUUUGGAACAGGAUCAAGAGGAAAUAUCUAAUUUUGCCAUAUCACUGAUGAAACUCUUGGAUUGUUAAACCUGAUAACCGCCAGCUCUAAAACUUUCUGUUCUGUCCAAUGCAUUUCUCCAUCUUCAGUGUGUGGCUGGGUUUCUGUGUCAGAGAGAAGAGAUCUAUCUGCCUUGUAAUUACAUUCUGUGUUUAAUCUCCAGGGAAUGGGAGCCAACCAGGAGGCCUGGGCUACAGAAUUAAGGCUUCAAAGACGAUUUUCAAUGAAUCAUCACUCUGCUAGUCCUAGCACGCCUAAAAAAAACUAAUUAGAGACAUGGGGAAUUUGCAUAUAUGAAUCAUAAUCUCCAAUUAAGGGGUGAAAACAGUAGCCUUUGUUUUGUGUCCCAGAGGAGACGGGGACAUGUUACGUAAGUGUUUCCUCUUUCAAUUAACACUGGCCUGCUCCAAUCACAACAGGAACAGCAUGUUUUUAGGACAGUAUAUCGAUGUACCUCCUGUAUACAGCCAUUUUGGGCUUCCACCCUGAGAGGGGACUGCUUGUUUUCAUUGGGGUUGAUUAAUCAUGCUAUAAACAUCUUUAGGGUGUUGUAUGUAGAUUCUGUUUGGCAGAAUGGAUGUUUGGCAGAAUCUUUCAUUUUUCAAGUUGCUCGCCCACUGCCUUGGUCGGUCAGUAUAAAGAUGCUCGUCAACACAAUCUUUUAGGUUUUUAAGAAUGUCUUGUUCUUAAGAUAACCAAUUAAUAAUGUAGAAAAUUGGAUGAGGUAACCUAUUCAAAACAAUAAAAAAAUGUGUCAAAAAACCGUUACCCCGACAGCCUUCACUUUCCAUCAGCAUUCAAAUGGAAGUUGUUUUUCUCAUCAAGUGAUGAUUCUGUCUUAACAUGCCUCAUCACUUCCUCACUCUCCUGCAUAAAUGAACAAGGAAGUAUGGGAUCCGUUUGCUACAUGAUAUCCUCCCACUGCCAACAAUUUUCAAAGCUGAAUGUGCAUGUGAAUCAAUUACUUAGGCUGACUUCAUACAUACCAUAGAUCAGGGGUUCUCAAACUCGGUCCUGGCCUCCCCUGGGGCACGUUUAGUUUUUUCACUAGCACUACAAUGGUGGUUCAAAUAAUCAAAGCUUGAUUAUGAGUUGGUUAUUUGAAUAAGCUGUAUAGUUCUAGGACAACUGUAACAAUUGUCGUUGGGAGAAAGAGAAGAGGACCAAAGUGCAGCGUGGUACGUUUGG